GGGAGUCAGCUCUCGGCGUCGCGAGAGGCCCGCUGGCCGCCAUCUUGGGUCGGGAGCAGGUUUGCCCGUGCAGCCGUGCUCCGCGCUGGGGCGGGACGGGCUGUCUCUCCUUCCCCGCGGCCUGGCCAGACGGGGCCCCAGGAGCGGAUUCCAUGGCUAGUCUAGGAAAAGAUAACUACAGAAUGAAAAGUUAUAAGAAUAAAGCCCUAAAUCCUCAAGAGAUGCGUAGAAGGAGAGAAGAAGAAGGAAUACAGCUUCGUAAACAAAAAAGGGAAGAACAGUUGUUCAAACGAAGAAAUGUCUCUUUGCCCAGAAAUGACGACUCUAUGCUAGAAAGUCCUAUCCAGGAUCCAGAUAUCAGUUCCACCAUACCCAUUCCAGAGGAAGAUGUUAUUACCAAAGAUAUGGUGCAUAUGAUUUUUUCUAAUAAUGCUGAAGAACAGCUAAUGGCAACACAGAAAUUUAGAAAGCUCCUUUCUAAAGAACCUAAUCCUCCAAUAGAUCAAGUUAUACAGAAACCAGGAGUCGUUCAGAGAUUCGUGAAAUUUCUUGAAAGAAAUGAAAAUUGUACUUUACAAUUUGAAGCUGCAUGGGCAUUAACUAAUAUAGCAUCUGGAACUUUUCUGCAUACAAAAGUAGUGAUUGAAACUGGAGCAGUUCCGAUUUUUAUCAAACUUCUUAAUUCAGAACACGAGGAUGUUCAAGAACAAGCUGUUUGGGCACUUGGUAAUAUUGCUGGUGACAAUGCAGAAUGCAGAGAUUUUGUUUUGAAUUGUGAAAUACUUCCACCUCUUUUAGAAUUAUUAACAAAUUCAAACAGACUUACAACAACCAGAAAUGCUGUAUGGGCCCUUUCAAAUUUAUGUAGAGGCAAAAACCCUCCUCCAAACUUUAGUAAGGUUUCACCUUGCUUAACUGUCCUGUCACGAUUGUUGUUUAGCAGUGACUCAGAUGUGUUAGCAGAUGUGUGCUGGGCCCUUUCUUACCUCUCUGAUGGACCCAAUGAUAAAAUCCAAGCUGUCAUUGAUUCUGGAGUCUGUCGAAGAUUGGUGGAACUAUUGAUGUACAAUGAUUAUAAAGUUGUAUCACCUGCAUUAAGAGCAGUUGGUAACAUUGUCACUGGUGAUGAUAUUCAAACACAGGUGAUUCUGAAUUGUUCUGCAUUACCCUGUCUCCUGCACUUGUUGAGUAGCCCAAAGGAGUCAAUUAGAAAAGAAGCCUGCUGGACUAUUUCUAAUAUAACUGCUGGAAACAGAGCUCAGAUCCAGGCUAUUAUAGAUGCAAGUAUUUUUCCUGUUUUGAUUGAGAUUCUUCAAAAAGCAGAGUUUCGCACCAGAAAGGAAGCAGCUUGGGCUAUAACUAACGCAACCUCAGGAGGGACUCCAGAUCAAAUGAGGUAUUUGGUAGCCCUAGGCUGCAUUAAACCACUUUGUGACCUUUUGACUGUUAUGGACUCCAAAAUAGUCCAGGUGGCUUUAAAUGGACUUGAAAAUAUUUUACGUCUUGGAGAACAAGAAUCUAAGCAGAAUGGAGUUGGCAUCAAUCCAUACUGUGCUCUCAUUGAAGAAGCAUAUGGUCUGGAUAAAAUUGAGUUUCUACAAAGCCAUGAAAAUCAGGAAAUUUACCAAAAGGCUUUUGAUCUGAUUGAACACUAUUUUGGUGUAGAAGAAGAUGAUCCCAGCAUUGUACCUCAGGUGGAUGAAAGCCAACAACAAUUUGUAUUUCAGCAGCGGGAAGGACCAAUGGAAGGCUUUCAGCUUUAAUGUGGUGGGGAACAAAUUAAUGGCUAAAAGUGUUUUUCAGAUUAUCUCCUCUUUGUUGCCAGUGACAGUUGGAAUGUUUGACUUCUUUUAGCAUAGGACAGAAAAGAAAAAUUGGAUGCACUUUUUAGAAGCAAAAUGAAGCAAAAGUUUCCGUUCAGAUGCAACAUUUUGUUUAGGGUUUUUUUUGUUGUUGUUUUGGUACGAUUGUAUCUAUGUCUUUUUGUUGUGGUUAUCUGUUUGUGAAUAAAUAGAUUAUGCAGUUAUUUAACUGAAGCUUGCAAAGGAGAAUGGAUGAAGUGUUACAUAAUGGUUCUGAAAUCUUUUUCAUGUAUUUUUGGAGAGUGCACAAUAGCAGUAUAGCUAUUGAUAAUGACGUUUUGACCGUAUGUCUGACAUCCAUUCUUUACUGAAUCUACCUCUAUUUUGAAGCAAAAAAAAAAAAGCUUCAGAAGCAUGAAAUCAUGUAAAAGCUAAAUUAAAAUGUGAAAAUAUUUAUUACCGUACAUUAUAAAUCACUGUGCUGUUAUACUUUGUAAAAAAAAUCGCAACAGGAAACAUGUGAAAUUUAUUUAUAAAACCUAGAAGAAUCAUUGUCUUGAUAAUCAGUUAAAAUGUGGCAAUUGAAGAGAGAAGUUGUUCAUGUUGGACACAUUAAAAUGAUUAAAAAAUACA